AUGAUCUUCGGCGGUGGAGCCCCGAGUUUGGUGAUGAAGUCGCAGCGGGUGAAGUGGUCUUCACCCACAUACUGGCACGAUAAAGCAGAUGUUUGUGCGCACCCCACCUGCAAGACCCCCGAAAGGCUCAGUGUCCAAUAUCGUAGGUGGGAAACGAAAUUUGGGGACACAUUGACUGGGUUCGAUUGGGUGUGUGUUACAUGCCAUAAUCGGGCAAAGACAAUCUCUUACAGCGGCCUCGAGAAAGAGCUAGAGUUGGAGCUUGAGAAGGAGGAUGAGAGAGAGCAACAGAAGGAGCGAGAGGAGGACCGUAUGCAGAAACGCAAACGCACCGAAGAGAUGGGAGCAAAAUGCAUGCACCCAGCAUGCACGAACUCUAAAAUCACUUUCGAUGAUCUCAGAGAAUGGGACCCCAAAUUUGGGGAUGAACUCGAAGCAUACGCGGACAUCUGCAUUAAAUGCUUUCAGAUUGAGGAGGAAAGUUGA